AUGGACUCAUUACCGCAAUCAUGGCUGGUUACUAUCGACAGGUUAAAGUACCACGCGCAGGACGCGCUUUCGGCGGUUACGAGCUGUCUAUGGCAGCAGGACCAGAAAGUCAAGAUUAAUGGCCGAACUUUCAAGAUCCUACGCGUACUUGGUGAAGGCGGUUUCUCGUUUGUAUACCUCGCCCAAGACGAAGCAAGUCAAAGACAAUUCGCGCUCAAGAAGAUAUUCUGUCCGACUGGAGCAGACGGCGUCAGGCAAGCGAUGCGCGAAGUUGAAGCCUACAGGCGAUUCAAGCACCCAAAUAUAAUCCGCAUCCUCGACUCUGCCGUCGUACAAGACGACUCUGGCGAAGGCCAAAUAGUCUACCUCUUCCUCCCCGUUUACAAACGCGGCAACCUCCAAGACGCCAUCACACAACACACAACAUCCUCCUCCAACUUCUCCGAGCGCCACAUACUUGCAUUAUUCAAAGGCACAUGCGAAGCCGUGCGGGCAUUACACACCUACCGUCUCCCACAGCCUGGUGCAUUACCGGCGCAGGCGCAAAGGCACGAGGAACAUGAUGAGGACGGACAGGACGCGUAUAAUGAUGAGCAUGCGGACGGACACGCGGAUGGUGAAGAGGGUGCUAGUGUGCCACUUGUGGCGAAGAUGGACGCCCAAGCCGGUGGUGCUGUGUUUGAUGGCGAUAGGGAAACGCAGGGCGGACAGGCGGGAGAGGUCAUUCCUUACGCCCAUCGAGACUUGAAACCCGGAAACAUCAUGUUGGCAGACGACGGCCUGACACCCAUCCUGAUGGACUUCGGCUCUUGCGUACGCGCACGCAUACCGAUUGAGAACCGUGCUCAAGCACUUGCACAACAAGAUAUCGCUGCGGAGCACAGCACAAUGGCAUACCGUGCACCCGAACUCUUCGACGUGAAGACCGGUGUGACGUUGGAUGAGAAGGUUGAUAUCUGGUCACUUGGCUGUGUACUAUACGCACUCGCCUACCUCCAUUCGCCCUUCGAGACGACACAAACGACAGAGCAGGGUGGCUCCAUCGCUAUGGCCGUCAUGAGUGCCCGAUACAAGCAUCCGGCAUCAUACCAGUACUCGGAGGGGUUCAGGAAGCUCAUCGACUCGAUGCUGAAGGUAGAUCCGAAGGAUAGGCCAGACAUACACCAGGUGCUCGCGGAGACGAAGAGGUUAUUGCAAUCAGCUUGA